AUGGCUGACAGCGGAGACUCCGCGGCGAGUCCCCGCGCCCCGUCUCCUCCCGGCUCCCCGCUGCAGGGGCGAAGGCGGCCGGGCUCCUGCUCGGCUCCCGGUGCGGGCGGCAGCAGCACCAGCCAAUCUCCGGAGCGCAGCGCGGCGGGUCCCCCCGGGGCGGCGCCGCGGCUGCUGCUGCUGCCGCCGGCGGCGGUGUCGUCGCUGCCGCGGCUGGAGAAGCCCAUCAAGCAGGCCUUCUACAACACCGGGGCGCUGCUCUUCGCCGGGCUGUGCUGCGGCGCCGCCGUGCUGGUCUACUUCAUCCUGGAGGCCUUCCUGCGGCCGCUGCUCUGGGCCGUGCUCUGCGGCACCUUCCUGCACCCCUUCAAGAGCUCGCUCACCGCGCUGGGCCGCCGCUGGCUCGGCCGCCUGCACCGCUCCCGCACCCCGGUGCUGCUGGCCGCCCUGCUGCUGCCCAUCUGCUUCGCCAACUACGGCGCCGAGGCGCUGGGCGAGCAGGUGCUGCGCAGGCGGCGCCUCCUGCUGCUGCUGGGCGCUGGCGGCCCCCUGCUCUACGGGCUCUACUGCCUCGGCAGCUCCCUGGGAGUCCAGGUGCUGCUGGCCCAGACCGGACUCCUGAUCUGCCGGGGGCUCGACUUCUUCAGCAGCCUGUGGAUAUGGACCUUGGUUGUUGGUUAUCUAUUGACCAUUUCAUUCAAGUGGAAUGCAAGCACUGAACGUUAUUUAAGAGCAAUCUCCAUUCCUGUCUGGAUAAUGCUGCUCUUCCACUUAGCUUCUGUGGCUGGCUCCUGGAGGAUUCCAGUAUUUCUGGUUAUAGUUUUUCUGAUGACAGUGGGCAUGUUGCAUGAGCAACAGAGCGGAAAGGAGUCUUCUGGGACAGAACUUCCUGGUCAAAUGAUUUCCAUUGCUGCUUCUACAAUUGCCAUGGCAAUAUCUGUCACAGGAUAUGAUUCAAGUAAUGAGCAACAUUCACCCCAACCCUCAGAAACAGCAGAAUGUGGGCAACCCCCUCAAGCCUCAUCCUCUUCGUUUUCCUCCUCUUCAUCCACUUCCGGUGGCAGACACAGGCCUGAGAUUGGAGCUUUUCUUAGAAAGAAGAAAACCAGUGAUAUCUACUUUGUUACACUUGUAUGGGCCAUUGUCGUAGUCCAAAUCUGGCUGAAUCUCUGGAUUGUGCAGUUAUUGCCAGUUCCUGUUGCAGUUUGGGUUGUUAAAAAACUUGUGGUCCACUUUGGAGUUGUAAACUUCAUGGCAAAACGUUGUAGUAGUUGGUGGCAUGUUCUGGAAAACUUUGUGAAGGAGCGGCAGGAGGCUCUCGCUCCACGGCCAAUCAGAGGGCUUGGAAGGGUCAUGCUAAAACUUGACAGUAAGAUGAUCGUGUGGUUGGAGAAAAUGCUUGAUAAAAUAAUUAGCAUUUUCAUAAUAUUUUUGCUAGUGAUAGGAACCCUUCUGCUAGCCCUGCUCCUUACGGCAAAGGUACAUCAAGAGAGCGUUCACUUGAUUCAAGUCACAAGCAGCUUGAUCAAUGAGACUGUAGCCAAUCACCCAGAGUGGGCAAACUGGCUCCCUGAAGCUCAGGUCAUUCAAAAAGCUCUCAAUUCGGCUGCUAACAAUGUGUAUCAGUAUGGCCGAGAAUGGAUUACACACAAGCUCCAUAAGAUAUUAGGAGAGAAAGUGAACAACACUGCUGUGAUUGAAAAGCAAGUGCUAGAGCUCUGGGACAGACUUUAUCACUCUUGGUUUGUGAAGAAUGUAACACAUUCUGGAAGACACAAAGGACACAAGCUGCAAAUAAAUCGUCAGAACAGCUGGCUAGGUGACAUUCUGGACUGGCAGGAUAUUGCUUCAUUUGUUCAUGAGAACAUUGAGACAUUUCUUUCAAUUCUGGAGUCCUUGUGGAUAGUGAUGAGUCGUAAUGUGAGCCUACUCUUCACCACAGUAACAACAUUAGUGACAAUCCUCUUCUAUAGUGGGACAGCCCUUCUCAAUUUUGUGCUCUCACUGGUGAUUUUCCUGACCACAUUGUUUUAUCUGUUAAGUUCCAGUGAUGAGUACUACAAACCAGUGAAGUGGGUGAUUAGCUUGACACCUUUGUCUCAACCAGGCCCAUCCUCAAAUAUUGUUGGCCAGUCUGUGGAAGAGGCCAUAAGAGGUGUGUUUGAUGCUUCUCUCAAAAUGGCUGGGUUCUAUGGACUGUACACCUGGCUCACUCACACCAUAUUUGGAAUUAAUAUUGUCUUCAUACCAUCAGCAUUGGCAGCAAUACUUGGAGCUGUUCCAUUUCUGGGAACAUACUGGGCAGCGAUACCCGCAAUUCUAGAUCUGUGGCUCACCCAAGGAGAAGGAUGCAAAGCCAUUUUGCUUUUGGUUUUUCACCUGUUGCCAACGUACUUUGUAGACACAGCAAUCUACUCAGAUAUAUCAGGAGGUGGCCAUCCCUACCUGACAGGCCUCGCAGUAGCUGGUGGAGCAUAUUACCUAGGAUUGGAAGGAGCGAUCAUAGGACCCAUACUGCUUUGUAUACUGGUGGUUGCCUCUAACAUAUACAGUGCCAUGUUAGUGAGUCCAACAAAUUCAGUUCCCACCCCAUCACAAACACCAUGGCCUCUGCAGAUAUAUCAGCCAUCUAGAGAGAGUCCUGAAGAGAUGAAAAUAGCCACAGAGUGAGAUUUACACCAUCUUGCACCUGAUCAACAUGAAGUUGUCACUCUCUUCUACCUGGAUUGAGUUCAGAACAGUCGUGGCCUUCUGUCCCUCUUCCAGCUGUGCCUAGUGACAGCUCAUAGUUAAGCACAGUUUAAAAUAAACCCUCACAUCUGCUGGCCUUACAUUAUUAAGCACUUUGCCUUUGCAAGAGAAACUGUCUGCUUCCCAUCACUUUGCAUAUUAACACACAGACUUAAAGAUCAGAUGCCUUGUGUGUAGUUUUUUUCUUCAUACAAGAAGAACAAGUAAUACCCACUGAAUCAAGGAUGCCAUCUGCUGAAAUGACUAACUUGGCUUUUAUUUCUUUGGAUGUUUGCAUUGUUAGACUUUUAGUAAUUUUAAACAAGUUAAAUCCCCAAGUCUUUUGUUGCUGAAAUCUUUAGUUGAUCGAAGGGUGUAUUUACUUGUAGAGAUGCUAAAACUUUUAAAGGUGUGAAGCACCUGCUAUUAAAAGAAAAUAUGGUAUAAUUAUCUGCUGCUUCUCAAAGCAUUUCUUUUGAGAGGUGUGACAGUCACCAUUCAAUUAAUAACACUUGAAGCUUAUUUAUGUAUACACUAAUAGUGUUUAUGCUGUCAGGGAGUUAUGCUUCCACUUGAAGAUUGUGUUAAGUGUAGGUUAUCCUCACGUGGAAUAGGAGUAUUUGUAAAAACAAUUUAAUCCUUGAGUUCACUUUUGCAGUUAAACUUAGUAUUCUGUUUCGAUUUAUUGGUAAAGCUUAAUUUAAUGCACUCGGGUUUCAGUAAGAUGAUGUACACAAAGUCCCAAUGGAUUCUUGCCAAAUUUAACCAAAGGACUUAAAUAUUUCCAGGCAGAAGUAAUCUUGGAUUACCAUAUCUAAUUACAGUAUUUGGAAGAUGCUGAAUGAUUGUGUUGACACAAUUUUUUUUUAUUCUCAUUUAUUGAGAAGUAAUAAUCAAGAAGGUGAGAGAUGAUGGGGGAAGGGGGAAAGCACAAGACAAGCAGAGAUCUCAAAUUCCUAAAAUGUGUUCUUGUCCUGGGCAUCAGAUUGAAGUACACUAGAGCAUUUUUUUUUCUCUUUUCCCCCAAACUGUAGUUGACCUUAAAUUGCAGUUUUAGUGGCACUGAAUGCUUUUCAUACCUUGGUUAUUGAUGCAAGUUUGAAAUAGUGGUUUAUUGGCACCAAAAAGUAAUUACAUUCUUUUUUGUGUAAGUUCUUAGACUCAAAAGACAAAUACGUGAGCAAAAAUUUUUACCCCAAAUACUUGGUCAAAGAAUACACUCAGAUCAUCCGACACCAGGUACAAUACAAAUAAGAUGCUAUGUAGGUGGUAUGGUUGUUUUUUUUUUGUUUUGUUUUUAAUACCAGAGCAAAACCAUUCCAUUCCUGAGUGACUCUACCUUGACUUUAUGGCAGGGUUUCUUCUUCUGAUUAUACAAAAUACAGGCCAUGUCAUGCACUUCAUCUGUCCUUGCAUUAUAAAACAGCUAUAGUACAAAUCUGUCCAUACCCAGUCCCAAGGAUCUGGUUCAACCCAAGUGAGAGAGGUUGUUAUAGAUAGCUACUAGUUUUUUGACAUGACCAUACAUGUGUUUAUAGAUAAUAUUUCUAAGAUUGGAUCCUUUGUGCCCUAUGUAUUGCAGUGUUUUGAGAUCAGUUCAGUGUGCUGCAAUGCAUGGGCAUAAUAUGUGUAGUUCUGGAUGGAGUAACUGUCCUAACUUUGAAUUUCCUUGCUUCUGUGGAACAAAGUUAGACUCUUUACAUUAUUCAACAUCAUUUUGUUUCAUAAAUGACAAUUUUGGAAAAAGUCAGGAUCUCACUAAGAGUAUCAAUAUAUUCCUGUAGUAUACAGACCAGUAUAUGAAUAAUAGACUAUAAUUGCUCUUGGGGAAAUUGCUACGUUCUGUUAUAUUAGUGUAUGCUACCAUGCUGAGCAGCAUUACGUAUCUGUUUUGGUUAAUCAAGUCAUUGUGUACCCAGGCAACUUUUGAAAAGGGUUGUCACUUGAGAGAGAAAUGCUUUAAAAUGUAUACAACUAACAAGAAUCCACAGGCUUUAAUAUUUUUACACUUUUCUCUUGCUGCUUUUUGCUCACUAUUAAAGAUUGUGGUAAGUGUUUUCUACGUAGAUAGCAUGUUCACAUCUAACCUGAUCUUUCAUAACCCUGACUUACUGAAUUUGUGAUGUCAGUCAUUUCCAUGCUACCAGAUAGUGAUCUCAUAAACAAAGGUUGAUUUCUUUACUAUAAUCACAGAGAAGAAUCUCUGAUAUGAGGAGAGUUCUUUUUGAAACACAAGUAUCUUCAAUAAUAGCAAAAAAAUUAAUAAACUGAGAAGACAUGUUGUUGCUAUUUUGAAAUGUUCCUUUCCCAAUGUGAAAAAAAUCCAUCAGUGUGUUUAGCAUUGAUACGAUACGCAUUGUCUAUUUGUUUUUAUGUAUGCAUUUUUUUAAAAGGAAUACUUGAGGCUUCCAGUCUCUAACUGCAACUAAUAUUUGCCAUUAAUAACACAAUAGGAAAGCUAUAAAUGCAUGGUAAACCUAGAUUUAAGAUCCCAUACUUUGUGCCAUGUCUGUAUCUGAGAAACAAAGAAUGUGUCCCAUAUCCCUUUGAGCCAUGAGGCUCAAUGACAAUAUAAUAAUGAGUAAACUCUGCUUUUAAAAUUACCAUGUCAAAAUACUCAAUCACCCGCAUGCUUGCUUAACAAAUGUAAAAAAUCAGAAUCUUUACAUAUAGAUGCCUUAUGGAAAAGUAUAUGUUUUUAACAUAAUGUCUGUUAGUGUUCAAAAAACAAAUUGUCACCAGGAACUAAUGACCUGCACAUUUUCAUUUUCAUUUUUAACAUCCAUUUUCAUUUGUGGAAACAUACAUCUGAAAUGUGUUUUUUUUUUUAAAUCAACUUUCCAGCAACUUAAAAAUUACCAAACUAAUUUUAUCCAUGUUAUUCUUUUAAAAAAGAAAAAAAAAGGGGGAGAGAACAAUUCUAAAUAUAUUCUUUGUAUGAAAAGAAACAUCUUUGAGUAAUUUUUAACCCAGUUAUAGAUCCCAGGAAAUAUGAUUUAUAGACCCUUCUUUGUGCAGUGGCAUUCCGAAUAGGGCCCUCCCUCUACUCCAUAUUUAUAGCCUCUGUCACAAUGAGGAUUUAGUCUGGAUCUUCUUGGCAUUACCAUAAUAAAGUGUUUCUAGAAUAAUAGUCAAAUUAAACACUCUGUGUGCAAGUACAAAAUCAGUCAUUUUAAUGAGUUGUUAAAGGAAUGCUUAUUUUUAUUGGUUGUCAUGAGAUGGUACUCAGCAGUGAAAUAAUGAUGACAACAUAAGGUGUGUCAGCCAUGAUGCUGUCAUGGUUUUUCUAGCACAUUAGAUUUCUUAAGUACUAAGUUAUCAAUAGCUCUAUCGUACUAAUGGUUUUUAGCAUACAUUUCAGUAGAUUUAUUUCCUCCUUUUUUAUUAAAUUGGAGUGUUUAGGCACAUGAAUUGUAGUUAAUGAUUAUUGGAUUAUGAAACCAAAACUGCAGACUGCAAUAAAAAAAGUUGUAGAAAAUUUAACUGCUGUCUCCAGUGUUAGCAUCCAGUAUGUUUAUCUUAAUUUCAAAAAAAAAGUUAAUACAGCAAAAAUGUUAAAUCCUCUAUUAAAAAGAUCGAGCCUAAAUUCAGCAAUAACACCUUUGUAAAAAAUGUAAAAGAAAAUUGGGUCCACAGCUAAGGUUAAACUCUUCAUCUUUAGAAAAAUAUUGCUGCAGUGCUAAUCCCUGGCUCUAGGGUCAUUAGACUACUUAUAAGGCUGCCUCCCCAGUAGACUUAAUACAGCGAGGCUGGAAGGACACCAUGAUGCAAGUGUCCAAGAUGGCACUUCACGUCCCCACGUGGCAGCAUGGCCCACCAUCACCUUCAUACAUAUAUAGACUGUUUGUGUUGUGUGUGUGAUGUGUCUGCUUAGGCGCAGACACCCUUACUUCAGAGCACAAUGCUAGACUCACGGUCACUACUGUGAAAAUAAACUAUAGUUUUUUUUAAUGCAUUUGCAUUAAAGAUGUGUAUUUUUUUUUUAAAUUAAAGUUAGAAGACUUUAUGGUUAACAUCAACAACAUCAUUUAAUUUUCUGUAGACAGUUUCAGGGAAGCCUGUAGUCUUAAAAGAGAGAAUAAUGGUUUCCACUCUCCUAGUUACAGUUGACAUGCCUUAAACCUACAGAUGGAUCUUCUCCAGAACUCACUUCUCUUAUUUGGUUUAUUAUAUGAGAGUAAAAACAGUAUUUUCUCUUCCUUUUUGGGCACUCCAGAAUUACAGAAUGUACCAAUGCAAUUCCCCUUUCAUUCUCAAGUUUUCUGUGGGGAAAAAAAAUGGCCUAAAGUUUGUAAAGUCAUGUGGAUUUGAUCUUUAAUCGGGCAUUGUUUCUUACUGUCAGUUUGUUAGAUUCCUUCAUGCUUUAUGAUGAAUGUGUACAAGUAUUCUAUGAAGGUAAAGCAGGUAUUUUAUGAAGCGUGAAAAAUGAGCUAAGUGUUUUUAAAAAUCAGAAGUAAUGAGCAUAUUCAAGGAUUCCACAUUACGGGGGUUUUUUUAAGUGUAUACAUAGUCUGUUUUUUCUUCAAAUUAUUUUUAACUGACACACUUUCUUUUGUGAUUCCUAGGAAUAAAAUGUUGUGUUGCCUGUGUAUAUAGUAGAAAUAAACAUUUUCUGGAACUGUC